GGGCCGGAUGUUGGUGUCAGUGGGAGGAACAGUACCCCAUCGUUGGUGUCAAUGGGAGGAACAGUGUGUUGUAUCAGUAAGAGGAAAAGAGCAGAAAUUGUGGGUGCCAGUGGAAGGAAUAGUGCCCCAUCAUUGGUGUCAGUGGAAGGAAUUAUGCCCCAUCGCUGGUGUCAGUGGGAAGAAUUAUGCCCCAUCGCUGGUGUCAGUGGAAGGAAUUAUGCCCCAUCGCUGGUGUCAGUGGAAGGAAUUAUGCCCCAUCAUUGGUGUCAGUGGAAGGAAUAGUGCCCCAUCAUUGGUGUCAGUGGAAGGAAUUAUGCCCCAUCAUUGGUGUCAGUGGAAGGAAUUAUGCCCCAUCAUUGGUGUCAGUGGAAGGAAUUAUGCCCCAUCAUUGGUGUCAGUGGAAGGAAUAGUGCCCCAUCAUUGGUGUCAGUGGAAGGAAUAGUGCCCCAUCAUUUGUGUCAGUGGAAGGAAUUAUGCCCCAUCAUUGGUGUCAGUGGAAGGAAUAGUGCCCCAUCAUUGGUGUCAGUGGGAGGAAUAG